CUCGCUAUAAUAAUUAUGGUUGUUGUAUUUAUCUAAUUACGCGCAUUUAAAUGUAUUGAUCAGUUUUUUAUUGUCAAAUACAUGACGAUCUAAGUACGUCACGCAGGUUUUCCCAAUACCUUCUUUUUCGAGGGCCUGUGAUUAAUGAAUGAUAAGGCCAAUAUGAGUAGUGAGGAUAAGGUUUCUCAAUUAGAGUCUUUUAUCAAUGAGGGUGACCCUCAGAUAAGAAUUGAUAGUAAUCCAAAGAUGUGGUACGAAAUGGCUGAGUUGGGUUUAAAUCCAUUAGAUGAUCUUCUUCAGCCGUUUAAUCCAACUAUACCAACUUGUGAUUCUCUACUAACUUCGAGUACAAGUACCUCAUAUCAGCCAACUCCUAGUAAUACAAAUACACCAGUAGAGGUUACCCGUCCAUAUGAAAAUCUACUUGAAGCAGUAUCUUUGAAAAAGCCCGUUGGACGCGCAGGUGAUAAGACUUUACACGUUAAUGCAGAUGGUCAAGAGCUAACGGAAACUGAAAAGAAAAAAGUAGCGUUGUCUCGUAAUAGAGACGCAGCAUUGAGGAGUCGCACGCGUAAAAAGCUCUGGCUGACAGAACUCGAACAAAAAGUCGAGAAAUUGAAAGGUGAACAGUCAGAACUAUUGUUUGAGAAGAGUACACUUCAAGAAAAGAUUAUUGCACUUAAAGAGCAAAUAGUCAUACUAAAAGAGGAACUUCUGCAAACGCAAGGGUAUUCCUACCCUGUUUUAUAGUUCGCUCUAUUGAUACAACGAAACACUUGAUCAAGGGCAUCUCCAAAAAAUAAGUUUCAUCCGUUCGUUCCUCGCGGAACUUGUUAGAUUUUUCUAUUAAGGGCUCGUGUUACAAUAAUUAAGUUUCGUAUACUUGUAAUUUGAAACAAGACAUUUUUCUAUAACACAG